GGUUGAUGUGGAUAACUUCAAGGUAAAACAACAAGGAGAAUACCGGGUUAUAUUUAAUGCAUGCAGGUUUGGGUUGUUGUUCCUACACAGUUAUCAGUGUUUCCUCUCCCUGUGUUUUGUUGUAGCAGCUGUGCUUGAGGGGAUUCAUUUUAGUUUUGGCAGCGGACGCGUCCCCGCUUUUGUUCCAACUUCUGAUUUUAGCGCAGUCUGCAGUGCCAAUACUGUUGUUCUUUGGAUACUUCACAAAUAAAUUAAGAGGAGAGGGGUGGGGGGGGAGAAAAAAAUAAGAAUACCCCAAACAUUUGGAUUACAUUUUUUUAAUAGAGGGACAUGCUGCUUUAAUUGUUUUUUGCUCUCAUUUUAAUUUCCCAUUUUCUCUGGAGGUGGUGUUGUUAUUCUUGCUGCAGUGGCAACCCCGCCGCCUGAGUACAGAGGAAAUGUCGUGCCGCUGCUGAGGUCAUGGACAAAUUCCUUUUUUCUUUUUUUUUUUUUGUCUCUCUGCUUUCUCUGUCUACAUCAGCAGGUGUUAUGGAUCUACAGUAUUUCCUGUGCUGGAGAGUUGCCCCAUUGUUUCUCUUGAUGCCAUGUGGGCUCCAGAGUAUAUCGGUGCACAUCCUCAACCAGCAGCCGGUGCACGUAGUCCUCGACUCCAGGCUGGUUCUGAAAGCCCGGAUCGCGAUGGGACCCCUGGAAGAGGUCUCCAUGGUAACCUGGGAACGGGAGCCUGAAACUGGAAUCGCUUCUGCGAGAGUGACGCUGGCCACGUGUCCUGGCAGAAGCCUCAAGUGUGCUGGUACGAGGCCAAAUGUCCGUGUGAGCACAGAGCAGCAGGAGACGACACUUCAGAUUAAUGGAUACAGCCGAGAGGACAGCGGCGUGUACGCUGUGACUGUGACAGAUCACACAGGAGCCAAGACCACUGCACACUGCAUCGUCAGGGAAUACGAGGCAGUUCACCACGUCUCCGUCAGCAUCAACACGUCUCACUCGUCUCUGGUUUGUGGCGAGGCCUGGGGGACGGACCCCACCUUCAGCUGGCUUUACGAGAGAGCCGCCAUCACCCAGACUGUGGGAGAAAUCGCAGACAAUGGAACAACAUUGUAUGUGAAGAUGACUCCUAUUUGUGGCCACUUCACCUGCAUGGUGAGCAACAAGCUGGGCUACAGCACUGCCACAUACACUGCGGCACCUUGUGAGACCGAGGGCAGAGGGAUGAUGGUGGCUGUGGUGUGUCUCGUCCUGCUGCUGCUGCUGGUUGGAGGAGCCUUGGCAUUCGUGCUGUGGAGGAGACACAGGCACAAUAACAGAGGCGAGAGGCUGCGCGAACACUUGGAUGACACCAUCUAAGAGAAAUGGGCCUGAGCUACGCUUUUGUUACUCGGAGAUGGAGAAGAAGAAAUGGACUGGACUGCGAGGGAGGACUUUCCUGUCCCUGUUAGCAGUAUGACCUUACACUGCAUUCGAACAAUGUGAAGAGCGAACUGCUUUCUGACAAAUAAAAAAAAAAAAGAAAGAAAGAAAAUAUCCACAAGUGGAUAUUUGUAUUCAAGUACCAGCGGCGUCCUUCCACUGCCUCCUGCUGGGCUCCACCUGAAACUGUGCAUUUAAUAAAGGACUCGUUUUGUAAGCUUGUAUCAGCAUUGUAUCAAAAUGUACUGUAUUGCUUUCAUAUUGAAAUCCCUGUACAUAAUGUGACAGCUCACAACAAUAUCUUAGACAGUUUCAUUUUGAAGCGAUGUUUAAUUUUUUUUCAUAUAGAUGUGAGUUAUCUGUUUUUUUUUUCUCUCAUCUACUGUAAUUGUUAAUGUUUAGUUUUGUGCCAUCAUGCAUGUAAGUUCACCGCUUUGCACCCUUCCAAUAAAGGUUGAAGACAGCA